AUGGCUCUUGGAUGUCGAUCCGCGUUGCCAGCUGCCCUGUGCUCCCCCCUCCGAGACUCGCGUCUUCUUCACUUUUUCGCAUUCAUCCACACAACGAGGUGCCAGUCACUCGUCACCCGCCAGUUACAACCAAGCCUCCAGUCCACUGAUGUCUCAAUCGCCGGGUCGCCAGGACGAUUGAUCGAUCGAAAAGACGCCAAACAAAUGGGCACCAGCAAUCACAAAUUGAAGGAGUUAUCCAAAUGCUUUCUGAAGACAGUAUCCUCAGUCGAGGGGAUGUCUCUUCUAGGCCGGCUUUCAUUAUCUGGAAGUCAGUCUCCUUGA